GAACAUUAAACAUUUGUCAAGGUCAAAACCGUCAAAAGACAAAAAAAUCACGUUAACCUCACAAAGUCAUGCAUUAAAAAAAAUCUUUCAUAACUUUUGGAAAUUUGAUUCUUGGUAAAAAUGGGAAAAGUUCGUCGACAAAAAAAGAAAUUCCAUUUACCAGCCAAUCAAACAAAACCUACAACUUUUGGUUUAGAAAAACCUAUAGAAACUGAAACGGCAUCCGGUCCUGAGUUCCUGAUUGCGCCUCAAGAAAAUCUUUUUGCUAAUUUAAACAUCGACAUCGGUAAUCUCAACAAAAGUCUCCCAGAUGAUGUUAGAAGUGUGAAAUCAUUUAAAUCUGUAAAAUCCGAGUCAGAGAAAAUUAUAUCAAAAAAGGGCAAACUAAAAUUGCGCCGUGAAUUACUAAUGAAGAAAUUUGAAGCUAUAAAAGAAGAAAAACAGCUGGUUAAAAAGAAGAAAGCUGUAGGUGGUGAUUUAAACCCACUACGAGAUGCAUUACCAUCUUUGGAAAGUUUGUUGAAGAGUAAGGGGAAUGUUCCUUACAAGCAGAAACCACAGAAGAAGAGAAGGGGCAUUGAAAAGGCAAAAACCAUAAAGAAAAAUCAACUACAAGGUAUUCAAGUUUUUCAACAAAUGUUUAAAAGUAAACAGUUUCAGAAAGACCCACAAGUGGCUAUUGCUCAACAGAUAAAGGCUGUUUUAGAGAAUGACAAAAGUAGUUAGGUUAUUAAAAAUAAGAUUCAUUGUUGUAGUCUUUAUUGAAAUAUUUUUUUUUUUAAUGGAUGAUAACGUUAAAGAUCUAUUGUUGUACAGAUUAGUUGAAGAUACAACGAAAAUAACACAAAAAUAAUUAAGGUUUUUUAACAUAACAAUGUAAUGGUAUUAACAUUAUAAACAAUAUAUACAUUCUAAAAUUUUA